AUGACUAAGGACACACCGAGCCCCACAGGGGGAGGGGGCCGCUACUCGCCCAAGAAACCUCCCGCCGGCCCGAGCUCGGCGAUGCUGCUGGAGGAGCAGCGGCGGGAGCUGGAGGCCGUGCGCGCAGAGCUGGAGGCCGAGCGGGCCCGCUCGCAGGCGGAGCGGCGGCGCUUCGCGACCGAGGCCCGGGAGCUGCGGGAGGCCGGCGAGCGGGAGCGGCAGCAGCUGGCCGACCAGCUGCGCUCCCGCUGGGAGAUGCAACGAGUGAGGGAGCUGCGGCAGCUGCAGGAGGCCGUGCUGCGGGAGCGCGACGCCGAGAUCCGCCAGCUGCUGCGCUGGAAGGAGGCCGAGCUGCGCCAGCUGCAGCAGCUCCUGCACAAGGAGCGGGACUGCGCCGUGCGCCAGGCGCGGGAGCUGCAGCGCCAGCUGGCCGAGGAGCUGCUCAGCCGCGGCUACUGCGGCCGCCCGGGCUCGACGGCCGGCGGGGGCGCCGCCGAGUGCCGCUGCAAGCUUCAGGACGUGCUGGCCAAGCUGCGCUGGGAGAGCGACGGCGAGCAGGCGGCCCGCAUCCGCCACCUGCAGGCCGCGCUCGACGUGGAGCGCAGCCUCUUCCUCAAGUACAUCCUGGAGAACUUCCACUGGGACCCGGCCUCCGUGCUCUCGGCGCGGCCCCCGCGGCCCAACCUCGCCCGGCCCGAGCCCGCGGCCGCUGCCACCGCCGUCGUCGCGGUCCACUUCCAGGCGGCGGGAGCCGGGGAGCUGCCAACUGCGGGCGCCGGGGAGCUGCCAGCCCCGGCCGUGGCGGCCGCAGCCAGCACCAUCACCACCGCUACCACCGCCACCACCACCAUCGCUGCGAACCCCGCCUCCGCCCCCGUUCUUACUCCUCUGGGGCCAGCCCCACCAGCAGCUCCAGUUUACCGCCCGCGGCCCGUGACCUCCGCCACCCGGCCGCGCUCUCUGGACAGCCUGUGCGCUCCGCGGCCGCGUUCCUAUUCGCUCUCCUUGGACGACACCGUCCCCGCCGCCCGCUCCUCCCGCUCUUUGGACGGCAGCCCGAGCCGAGCCGAGUCGCCCGGGGCAGGCGAGCCCGAGGCCGGCAGCCCGCUGGACAGGAGCUCCCACUACCCCGCGGUCCUGCCCCGCCUCCAGCUGGUCCCAGACAACCUGGGCACUGGUGAGAAAGUGCCCUGUGAGGCGCUCCGGCCUAGCCCCGAUGACCAUCAGCAGGACUGCGGGAGACCGCCCAGGGCCUGGGGGAGCCGUCCCCACAGGGAGGUGCUGAGCCUGCAGCCGCCCGGGAAAGAAGGCGAAGUCCCGUUGGCCCUCGGUCCAAGGCAGCCGGCCAGCGCGGCGCCCCCGCACGAAGCCGUCCCGGGGCUUGAUUACAACGACCUGGUGAAACAGAACUCGGAAUUGGCCGAGGCUCUGGAGACCCUAGCCAAGCAUUGCUCCCAGCUCAGGGAGGAGAAUAGCCAGCUGCGGCGGGGCUUCCCAGAGACGAACGAGAAGGUGCGGAGCAUCAAGGUGAAGAACGCAAAGCUGGCGGUCAUCGCGAAGCGCCUGGAGGAGCGGGCUCGGAAGCUGCAGGAGACCAACCUCCGGGCUGUGAGCGCCCGGGUCCCUGGGGAGAGUUGCGCCGUCCUGGAGCUGUGCCGCCAGGCCUUCGCGCGCCAGCGGGCCAAGGACCUGACGGAGCAGACGAGCGCCAUGCUAGCCAAGGACAAGGAGAUCGAGGACCUGCGGCAGGAAUGCCGGGACCUGCAGGCCCAGGUGGCCGCCUGCCAGGGACCUGCCCAGUGGCUCAACGUCAACGACUUUGACCAUCUCCUGCGGGAGUCCCAGAAGGAGGUGCUUCGCCUUCAGAGGCAAGUCACCCUGCAGAGCUUCAAAGGCCCACAUAACCAGAGGGCUGCCUCCCCGCCCACCUCGGGCCAGCUCCAGAACGCUGGGAAGGAGGAAGCCUCUGAGGCCGAAGAGCUGAAGCUCCAGGUGCAGGCCUUGGAGCAGACACUCAGUGAAAGGCAGAAGCGUUUUGAGAGCCUGGAGCUGGACGUGGGCAAGGCCCAGCAGAGAUUCCAGGAAGCGGAGGGCCGGCUGCAGCAGGUGAUGAGUGAGAACAACUGGCUAGCCCAAGAAAACAGCAGACUCCAGGAGAAGGCUCAGUGGUUAGACAGGGUGGACUCGGAGAACUGCGAGAUGCGGGGCAAGCUGGAGCUAGUGACCGAAGAGCGAGACUCAGCAGCCCUCCUGACGGCCCAGCUGCAGCAGCAGGCCAGCCGCAUUGAGGCCAGCCGCCAACAGCUGGAGCAGGAGCUCCAGGAAGCUCUGAGGGCGCUGGCAGCCCAGCAGGGAGAGGCCCAGAGAAUGCAGCAGGACCAAGAGCAAAUGCAGAAGGAGCACAUGGAAGCUCUGCAGACUCUGGAGGCCCAGCUUCGGGAGCUAGAAGUGCCCUGCACCCACCAAGCUCAGGAGUUAAAACCACCUCAGCUGCUCAGGGGAAAGCAGGCCAAGAAAGCCACCUGCCACCUAGAGGGUGCCAGCCUCCCUGGCUCUAGGACACUGGCCAAGAAAGUCAGCACCCGGGCCAGCACCUCAGAUGAUGGCCCUGGGCAGCGCAGCUUUCAUUCUUACCCAGCUCCCAGGGUGAGUACAGGCAGCAACAUGGAAGAGAUAGAAGCGGACAGCCUUUCCCAAGCCCCUGAGCCAGAGGGCCCCAGAAGCCACCACAGCCAAGACAGCCAGGACAGACACCACAGCUACCAUGUGCACAACAGCCAGGACAGCCACGACAGCCACGUCCCUUCUAAACUGAAGAUUUUCUUAGCCCGAUAUGACUAUGAUCCAUUUGCAGGCCCCAAUGAUCAGCCAGAGGCCGAGCUGCCCCUGACUGCAGGGGAGUAUAUCUACAUCUUUGGGGACAUGGAUGAGGAUGGCUUCUAUGCUGGAGAGCUGAUGGAUGGCCAAAGGGGAUUGGUCCCCUCCAACUUGGUGGAGCAGAUUUCAGACAGUGAGAUCCUGAAUUUACAACCUCCAGAGGGUAGUGACUCCUCCCUGGAUUCCUCCCAGGAAGUGAAAUCACAAAGUGACAGCUCCAGUCCUGAGGGAAAAGGAACUGAUUCCUUGGAGGAAGGCUCCCGCUGUGGUCUGCUGCCAAAGAAACUGGAGAAGGGCAUCAUGGAGGAAGCUUUGGACUUCUCCGGGGUUCCUUGCCCUCCAAAACUGACUCUGAUCCAGCAGCUGCCCCAGGGUGUGGUGGUGGACUGGGAGGCCCCCAUUGCCCCCAACCCAUAUGGAGCCAUGCAGGGCUACAAUGUCUAUGUGGACAAUGAGCUGUGGGAGAACAUCAGUGCCGGCUCCCAGACCAGAGCCACCAUCGACAACCUGGACCUGAAGACAAGGGCCUACCGCAUCUCGGUGCAGAGCGUGAUGGAGAGAGGCUGCUCCAACCGGCUGCAGUGCUCCUUUCUGGUGGGUGGGGGCUUCUGCCCUGCCCCGAGCCAGCUGAGGCUCAGGAGUCUCACCUCCACUUCUGCAGAGAUCAGCUGGCUGGAUAGUGGCAGUGACCACCCGAACAUGGUGUAUCUCAAUGAGGAGGAGCACAGCCUCACCAAGGCCGGAAUCUGCUGCUACACCUUUCAUAACUUGCAGCCCAGCACUCGCUACUGUGCCCGCGUGGAGGCACGGCCCCCCGGGGAGACCACCAAGAAGCUGUGGGAGGAGAUGUCCCCCUCAAUUACUUUUACCACCCCAUCAGCCGGGCCACCUGAUCCUCCCCUGGAUGUCCUGGUGGAGUACCACACCUCCCCGGGCACUCUGCUCAUCAGCUGGAUCCCAGUGACCAUCGACUCAGCAGGGUCCUCCAAUGGGGUCCCUGUGACAGGCUAUGCCGUGUAUGCAGGUGGGCAGAAAGUCACUGAAGUGACCUCCCCCACAGCAGGGAAUGUCUUGGUGGAAUUUUCCCAGCUACAGCAACAAAAGCCUUCCCAAGAGGUCUCUGUGAGAACUAUGUCUCAUUAUGGUGAAUCCCUGGACUCAGUACCAGCCCAGAUCCCUGGGGAGUGGCUGAAACGUUCCAGUGCUUACAGGUCACCCCCGUCUUUUCCUGUCAUCCACAACUGUGGGGAGUUGCUCCAUCCCCAGACCCCUUCAACACUGAGACCAUAUGUACCUGUCUCCCAAGAGAAGUCCAUCAUGGGCAGCUUCAGUACCAAGACCAGCACCCCUCUUCCUGCCAGCUGUGGGAGGGAUAAAGUGGUUGCUGCUGAUGGGUUCCCAGAAGACAGCUUCCAAAGGAGAGUUGCAAAACCUUCAGAAGGUGAGUUGCCAAUCCCAGGAGACAUCAAUGCCCCCCAGGGACGUGGAGAAGCCUAUUUCCUGAGCCCUCUGCCUUCUGGCAGGAAAGAGUCCCAUGGGCCUAAUACUGCCAAGGACAGCAGAUUUGGGAAUCCCCGACAUCUGUGUGAUGGCCAGAUCAGGGUGGAGGAGAAGAGUGCUAGAAACACUGUGACAAGAUGGCCCCAGGUUCAGGAGUUGCUACAUAUUCCUCCAGAAAACAGCCCCAUGAGAGAGAUCUAUGGAGAGAACAAUUCUGAUGGGAAGGUGCCUAGGAACAGACUAGAAGCAGAAAUGCUAAAGGUGACCAGUCAGUCAUUGGAGGCCUUUGCUGAUCACAGCCACAUGGCUGACCUGGCCAAUCUGGAGGAAGAGGACCAGUAUGUGAACAUGUGGGGGACAAGGAGACCCAGCCAAAAGAAGGAAUUUAGGCUCCAAAAAGGACAGAGCAGGCUGACUGGUCUGAAGAAAGCAGCUCCACUCCCAGAGCCCAGUGCAUUGUUGUAUCAGCCCCUCUCUGGGAAGAUGACCAAAAUCCUGAAGGCCAGCCCCUUGGUGCCUGCCCCUGGGCCAUGGUUCAGGGCCCCAGGAAGCAGCCCCCUGAAAGGAAAUGUGACAAAUGACCCUUUCCGAGUGUUCGUAGCCCUUUGGGACUAUGACCCCCAGCUGAUGUCCACCAAUCCAAUGGCUGCUGAAGAAGAGCUUGCCUUCCAGCGGGGCCAGCUCCUGAAGGUCUGGGGGGAUCAAGACCCAGAUGGAUUCUAUCAUGGAGAGUGCUCCGGUCGGGUGGGUUACAUCCCUGGGGACAUGGUGUCCGAACUACAAGUGGAGGGCAGUGAUGUGCUCAAGCAGCUGCUCCGGCAAGGUCACCUGCCACCCGGGGUGUCCCUGGAUGGCCUCCUGGGGCUCUCUACACAGUCCCCCAACCCCCAGAAGAGUUUCUCCAUGGCAAGCGGGGCCCCUCCACAUGCCCAGCUUUGGUAUCCGCAGACCAUGGUGGCCGCCUUUGACUAUUGCCCCCAGAAGAGCUCUAGUCUAAGUGUAACUGAGGAGCUGACCCUGAGUGUGGGUGAUGUGGUCACUGUGCUGGGUUCUGUGGAUGACAAUGGCUUCUUCUAUGGGGAGCUAAAUGGGCAGAGAGGCUUGGUCCCAUCGAACCUUCUGAAGACCCCAGCCCUGAAUGCUGAGUAG